AUGGACAAGGAUCCCGUGACGACUUCCAGAGGGAGCGUCGUGCGCACCUGCCUAGCCUGGGCGAGUGCUUUUGCCCUCCUUUCACUUCUGCACUCGGGCGCUGCAGGCGCUCAGGUUACUGCGCCGUGGUACAGAAUCAAUUACAACACGCCGGCGUACGUCCUGUACAAGCCGCAGGACGUAGCGCCGUACGCCACCUCUCGAGCCGCCGCUAACGGGUACUGUGUGCAGAACGGCAUGAGCAUCUUUUCUGCCGAGUUGCCCGCUAAGGAUAAUCAUUUCGCAUCUGAUGCGGCGAAGGAGCUCGGGGGUACGGGCUACUUCACCUACACAGGCUCCAGCGCAGAGCCGGUUCCCAGCUUUGCCCAUUUUUGUACGCAACUGCAGCCCAAUCCGAGCUCUACUCCAAACUCGAUAAAGUGCGGGUUCACCUUUCGAUUCGGUCUGCUGACAGUAAUCGAUACUAUGCUGCUAGGGAAUCAACCUGGUGUUGCCCAGUACUAUUCACUGUACCCAAAUGUGUGGGGCGCAGGGAACGCGAACACUGGCUACGCAGUUGAGUGGGACACAACGAGGCCGAACCCCCGUGGCUACUAUUUCAUGGCGGUGACUGGGUUGACGGACACGGAUGGUCGACACGUUAACGUGGAUGCGACGGUGUCGGCGAGCGAUAGCUAUGUCACCGCAUCCAAGUUCGCAAUCUACUGCGAGUCGCAGAGCUUCCUGGGCUACGUUCCUGUUCCUAGUGUAUUAGUGCAGCCCAGCUUCGUCAAGGGUUACAAGGACCUGACAUGGGCCCAAGAGCACUGGUGGGUCAUUUUUCUCAUAAUUUCCAUUCUCAUUCUGAUCGUGAUGCUCGCCAUCCUCAUCUACUGUUGCCUCACCAGGACACCGCCGAAGGAGCAGCCCCCGAUUGCGCCGUUGGUGUUGCGUGAACACAAUGGAUCCGCGUACGUGAACGUGUUGGAUGGUGGAUCCUCGAAUCCACACAACGAAGCUGACGUGUCCAAUCAGCAUAGUUCAAUGCCAGAAAACUGGCACCAGGGGUCUGGUAUCUUGAUGAGCCCCAAGCCGGUCGUCGAUCCUGAGGCCCUCAUUCAGGCAAAGCCGUCCAUUUUCGCCCGCGAAGAAACGCUGCAAACCGCCGAUGGGGACAGCCUGGCCUUGGAGAACGAAGACGAAGCGCUCGACGAGAAGGUGACGAGCUAG